CGCGCGCCGGCCACCAGCAGCCGAGAGGCUCGCGAGCGGCGCCGUGUUACCGCGAGGUUUUCCGAGAGCAGUUUGCGCCUCCCGUUGUCCUCGCGCCGAUCGGUCCCCAAGUCAGAAAACUCUCUCCGCUUCGGAAUCGCGCACUUCUUUUUUGAUAUUUUCCUCACAGGCUUUAACACGGCCACUCCGCCGCAUUACGGUUUACCGGGAAGAAGGCGUAGUACAUGGGCACGUCUAUCACGUCUGCCACGUUUGUCAAGGAGCUCUAAAAGCUAUGGAAUUGUAAGUGUGGAUCGUAUUUUCUUGUCAUCUGCGGAGGCAGACAGCCCUCUUAAAAAAGUACACCGACUCGUACUGCAGACUGACCGUUUUUUUUUCUCAAUUGGACUUCUAUAUUUAGGAUUCGUUAUGAUCAGAGCCACUGUACAGCGCGGUGCGCCGUUUGUUUUGCUGUGGCUGUUUGUCGGGAACUCUGUUUUUGCUUGGCUGGGUAACGACAACGUCAAGUCCAAGAAGCAGAAAAACGGACAGUCCGACUACGAGGCCACCGGAAGCCAAGACCAAAACUGCUUUUGCCACCUGACUGGCAUCCUGGAUGACUGCUUCUGUGACGUGGAGAGCAUCGACAUCUUCAACAACUUCAAGAUCUACCCAAGCAUCCGCAAGCUAACAGAGAGAGACUACUUCAGAUAUUACAAAGUAAACCUUAAGCGGCCCUGUCCGUUUUGGCCUGAUGACAGCCAGUGCUCCAUUAAGGACUGCCAGGUGGAGCCUUGUCCAGAGAGCAAGGUUCCAGUGGGAAUUAAAGCAGGCAACUACAACAAGUAUUCCCAGGCAUCCAACACACGGUCAGACGUAGAGGAGUGCGAGCAUGCCCACGAGCUGGGGGCCAUCAACAGCACACUCAGUAAUCAGAGCAGGGAGGCGUUUGAGGACUGGGCCCGGCACGACGACGCCCAGGACCACUUCUGCGAGCUGGAUGAUGAGACGUCCCCAGACGCCCAGUACGUGGACCUGCUUCUGAACCCCGAGCGUUACACCGGCUACAAAGGCCCCUCAGCCUGGAGGGUUUGGAACAGCAUCUAUGAGGAGAACUGCUUCAAGCCCAGAUCAGUGUACCGGCCCCUGAACCCGCUGGUCCCUAGUCGCGGAGAUGAUGAUGGUGAAGGUUUUUACAACUGGUUGGAAGGCCUCUGCCUGGAGAAGAGAGUGUUCUACCGCCUGAUCUCUGGCCUCCACAGCAGCAUCAACAUCCACCUGUGUGCAGAGUACCUGCUAGAAGAGCCCUGGAGCAAGGCCCACUGGGGCGCCAACGUGCGUGAGUUCCGGCGCCGCUUUGACCCGGCUGAGACCAAGGGCGAGGGCACGCGCCGCCUGAAGAACCUCUACUUCCUGUACCUGAUCGAGCUACGGGCGCUCUCCAAGGUGGCACCAUACUUUGAGCGCUCCAUCAUCAACCUGUACACCGGCAAUGUGCAGGAGGAUGGCCAGACCAAGGAGCUGUUGCUGCAGAUCUUCAACGAGAUCAGAGCUUUCCCCAUGCACUUUGAUGAGAAGUCCAUGUUUGCAGGACACAAGCUGGAGGCCAAGACUUUAAAGGAGGAAUUCAGGCUCCACUUUAAGAACAUCUCCCGCAUAAUGGACUGCGUGGGUUGCAAUAAGUGCCGAGUGUGGGGUAAACUGCAGACUCAGGGGCUGGGCACCGCCCUCAAGAUCUUAUUCUCGGAGAAGGAAAUUCAGAACCUACAGGAAAACAGUCCAUCGAAGGGGUUCCAGCUGACACGACAGGAGAUUGUAGCCUUGCUGAAUGCGUUUGGAAGGCUCUCCACAAGUAUCAAAGAGCUGCAUAAUUUCCGAACUCUGCUUAAGGACCAGAGGUAACAAACAUGCCUAGCCACCAGGUGGCAGCAGCCAGAGGACACUGCAAUAGUCUUAUCUUCCCAAGAGUAAGGCCACCAUUUCAGGGACUAACAGGAUCAGUUCCAGAAAGUCUUAUCCCCUCCGCGCCCCUCCCCCCGCCCCUCCCCCCGCAGCCCCAUGGGAACCUCGAUUACUGUGGAGACAGGUGAGGUUCUUGGCUUUGGGCCAUCUUCGCUAUCAGUCAUUCCCCGCUUGCUCUUAAGAGAUUCCUGCUCUGUUCUUUUUCUCUGUCUGCUGGAGAGAUGUAGGUGAGAGUGAGGGUAUCACCCCCUCGUUCCGGACAGUGGACUCCAGACUUUUUUGCUGAUAUUGGCUGCCGUCCACUGCGGUUUGCUCAUUUCCUCAAAGCAGUCCUGUUCUCUGUCUCUGCAGGCGCAUGUAAAUGCCAGUUAUAGAUAUGAAAUUCCAAAUAGGAUCAAAUUUAAUUUCAGCCAUCUCGCGUUGCGUCGAAACUUGAUUUAAACGUCGAGUGUGUCGUCUUUUACUUUAUUGGGGCCGAUGAUAAAUGUUGAUUAUUCGAUAUAUUUUUUUGUUUUUACAUUGUUUUUGCACCGAUAUUUAUUCUGAGCAAUAACAGUAAAUUAAUUUUGUGUGUCUGUGGUCCCAAACUUAAGCAACUCAAACAAGCAUGGAUCUGGUGUAGUACAGCCAGAUCCCUUUACGGUGUUCACUGGAUGGGUUGGGCUCUUUUGUCACUGAGACCAGGUGCAGAGAUGGAUGUUUUUUACGGAGUGGACACACUCGCUUAGCUAGAGCCUGUAGCUACACCUGGUGAAGGCAGCAAAACGGUUGCCACGGCGUUUGUGGCAGCUUCUGCCAUCGCUUCUCCAAAGGCAGCUAUUCUCUGGCAUUCGGAGUAGGUCAGCAAUGGCCAGUUUCAAUGUCUGUCUCGGGGUCCCAUAGUGCCACUCUAACGAUAUUUGCAGGAAGUGGUUUGUGGGGUAAGUUUUUCAGGACCUGUAGGAUCUGGGAAGCUUUGUGCUCCUUGUAGCUUUGUGUUUAGUGUAUUCAGCACAGCAUCUGGGGUUUAGUCAUCGGCUUGAAGGUGGGGGAACUCGUAUCUAGAGAACAAGACAGGAGCUGAAGCUUUCACUUAUCUGGCCCACAUACACAAUAGAGAACGCUAGUCCCUGACCUGCGGAAGCAGCCAGUUCACUGCUGAUGCAUUAUUGUACCGCACACAACGUGCAGGCCCUGUGUCCGGAUAUGGAGGCUUGGCGGCUGGUCACUCUUCAGAGCAGGCUGUGUAACAGGCUGGGUUUGUGAAGGUGUAACUCAAAGCAGCUUCAAUUCCUUUCAUCUGCUUCUGUGUCAAAGCCCCAGCUUUUACUGUUCCCUCAGGAUUGUUUUUCAUUUUUAGAGUCCUGCUCAGUUAGAAACCUGGACGAUGUAUAAAAAACUGAUUUAUCCAUAGAAUUCUGGACUCGUACAGUUAAAUCCUAGAGAAGUCUGCUUGAUCCGUGUCUCCCCAGUAGGGUGUAAUGAUACCCCGGCUGGGGCGUCUCCUUGCGGCCUUGUGGCUGAACCCCCAGCUGGCACCUUUCUUGGUUGAACGUUUAUAGCGGAAAAAGAGUGAAGUAGACAGCUUUGUCGAAUCUGCUAAGCCAGUGAUCCCCGUGCCCCACCUGGUUCAUGAAGCGUGAGAGCACAUUGUCUGUCUUCGUUAAUCGGCAUGGCCCCUUCCUGGAGAACCCAGACGCUUAUCAUAUUUGCUUUUGUUGAUGGUGUUGACUUCCGGCGUUUUGAGCGCGUGGGCUGGCCGCCCAUUCAGUCGAUUAGAUGCAUCUUGUGUAGAGGUUGAUGUUUUAUUCAUGCACACUUAAGAUUCUGUGCAUGGUGAAGCACCACAUUCUCUACAUGGUAAGUGUCCCUUUCGCCCCUCAAAGCUGCUUCCGGGCAACUGAAGUUUGUCCCGGUUCCAAGACUCCCGCCCCCAACCCCCCAGUUCAGAAUGAUAGUGUUAAGUGAAGUCUACUCGAGACCGUCAGAAGUGACCAAAGAGCCCUCCCCCCUCCCCCCUCGUCCUCCGCCGUGCUGUGCCACACAUCCUGUCCAGCCACUCCCCCCCCCCCCCAGAGAUGAAGGAAAUGGCAGCCGUGAGCAGGAGAGUGCAAGGAAGCCGUGUGCCACCCCCCGCCGCUGCACACUCUCCCACCGCCACGCGCCAACCUCGCCACGCAGCACGGCGUGCCACACGCUGCACAUCCUGCCUUACGUCUGCGACUCUACGAGCCACCAUAAGCUUGCCUACUAUGGCGAAUCGGAUGGUCAGAUCUCGCCGCCUGCUGUCUCUGCUCUACAGUGUUCUGCCCCUUUGCUUUUUUACGCGCUCUGUGAACUUUUGAGAUCUUGUACCAUUUGUAAAAGAAAGGAAGAUCUUUUAACUAUGUAUAGCUGCACCUCUGUUGUCUGUACGUACUGAGUGUAUUUAUUUGAAUGGAGGAAUAAAUAUUUCUGGUUGUCAUUCCAAA